UUGAUUUUUCUCAGGUCCUCCCAGUCUAGAGUCGCGCAGCUGUAAGCCUGCAUGCACUCUUGCUCCCUCGCAAAAAAAUUGCUUCCUAAAAUCCUACUAUUCCCCAUUUCUCAUUCUAAUUGUCGGUGAACCAUGUAAAAAGAAGCAAGGACAAUCUCUGAAGAAACAUUAGUUUUUUUUUAUUUGAAGAUCUCAUCGCCUUUCCAGCGAGGAAGAUACAGACCAGAUUGGCAGGGUGUUGCUGCUGAGCUGCAAAAGGAAAAAUGCACCCAGCAUUUCUCACAUUGCUGCUGACCGUCUGGGGACUCGUUGACCCAGUGAGAGGUCAGAUCAACAAUUUCAGGCCAAUCGAUCCUACUCCUAGUCCAGAGGGGUGUACAGGGAAGCAGGAAUGUCCGGUGAGCGUGUACUUUGUCCUUGACACCUCGGAGAGCGUGGCGCUGCAGACCCGUAUCCAGGGCAACCUGGUGGACAACAUCAAAGCCUUCACCAAGGACUUCGUGAACAACAUGGUGAACGGUGCGUUCAAGAACCGGGUGAAAAUCGCCUGGGAGUUCGGCGGGUUGCACUUCUCCGAUCGGGUGGAGGAGUUCAGCCGGAUCACCUCGAGCAAGGACGACUUCCUGGCCGCGCUGGACCGGGUGGACUACAUCGGCCGCGGCACCUUCACCGACUGCGCCCUGCGCGAGAUGACCGACAACAUCAAGCAGCAGUCCAGUCUCGAGUCGCGCAACCGUUUCGCCAUCGUCAUCACGGACGGCCACGUGACGGGCAACCGGUGCGGCGGCAUCCAGCCCGUGGCGGAGAUGGCGCGCGACGCCGGCAUCAAGGUGUUCGCCGUGUCAACCGACGACCUCCAGCACGCGCAGUCCGAGCAAUACGAGCAGAGUCUCAAGACCAUCGCCAACUUCCCGCACGAGCUCUACCGGAACAAAUACACGGCGACUUCGACCGACAGCGCGGUGCCGGCCAGGACGAUCGAUCGGAUCAUCAGAGUCAUGAAAACAGAGGCCUUCAAUGACUGCUAUAAGAUGAAGUGUCUGGAAUAUCCAGGUGUAUCUGGAUUAAAGGGAUUCAAAGGAAGAAAGGGAGAAAAGGGAAGCAGUGGUGAGAGGGGUGAUCCAGGCCCACCGGGACGGCAAGGUGAUCCUGGUAUUGAAGGCCCCAUUGGAUUCCCUGGUCCUAAGGGUUAUCCGGGAACUAUAGGUGAAAAGGGUGAAAUUGGAGGUGAAGGAAAGAAGGGUAUUGCUGGAUUACCAGGUCGAGAUGGGAUUAAUGGACAGAAGGGAAAACUUGGACGUAUUGGACCCCCAGGAUGCAAAGGAGACCUUGGUGACCCGGGAGCCCCUGGCUAUCCCGGAGAAGCUGGUGAGCGAGGAUUUCCUGGUGACUCUGGGCCGAAGGGAGAUGUCGGGCGCCCAGGAAGAAGUGGACCUCCUGGUGAUGAAGGAGACAAAGGUCCUAAAGGUUCAGUGGGACUUGAUGGACGUCCAGGCCUAAUGGGUCAGAAGGGUGCAAAGGGUAACAAAGGCAUUCCUGGGCCCAAAGGAGAUGUGGGUCGCAGAGGUGACACGGGAUCUAAAGGCGCUCCUGGGCCGAAAGGAGGUGUGGGAGAAAAGGGCGACGUUGGAAAUGAAGGUGUGCGAGGAUUGCCAGGUGAAGGUGGACGCAAAGGUGAAAAGGGAGACAUCGGGCUUCCCGGACCAAGAGGAGCGCCAGGGUUACCUGGAGGGCCAGGCUUGAAUGGAUCGCGAGGAGAUGCUGGUGAGAUUGGACCAAGGGGAGACAUAGGACCAUCAGGUCCUAAGGGUGACAAAGGAAGGCAAGGAUUCAGCUUCCCUGGACCUAGAGGAGAGCAGGGUGACGAGGGAGUAAGAGGACCACCUGGAUACACGGGUAACAAAGGAGAAAUGGGAAGCAAAGGAGAACAGGGUCAAAAGGGUAUCCCUGGUGAACCCGGUGACCCGGGACCAAUGGGUGAGCCAGGAGACAGAGGCCCCCCAGGAGACUCCGGUCCAGAGGGUGGCCAUGGGCCUCCAGGAGAUCCUGGCCUAACAGAUUGUGAUGUGAUGACUUAUGUCAGGGAGACGUGUGGAUGUUGUGACUGUGAGAAGCAGUGUGGACCACUGGAUAUUGUAUUUGUGAUUGACAGCUCGGAGAGUAUUGGCCUGACCAACUUCACCCUGGAAAAGAAUUUUGUCAUCAAUACUGUCAGCCGACUGGGCACAAUCGCCAAGGAUCCCAAAUCUCAUACAGGAGCCCGCAUUGGCGUCGUCCAGUACAGUCACGAAGGGACCUUUGAAGCCGUGCAGCUGAAUGAUCCCAAAAUCAACUCGCUGUCGUCCUUCAAGGAGGCCGUAAAGAAGCUGGAGUGGAUCGCGGGCGGCACAUGGACCCCAUCCGCCCUCAAGUUUGCAUAUGACACGCUGAUAAAGGCCAACAAGCGUGACAAGGCCAAGGUCUUCGCUGUGGUGAUCACUGACGGCCGGCACGACCCAAGGGAUGACGACUCGCUGCUCACCUCCCUGUGCAAGGGCGACGUCAUUGUCAAUGCAAUUGGCAUCGGGGACAUGUUUGCCAGGGCGCAGGACGAUGAAACGCUGAAGUCGAUUGCCUGCAAACAGGACGGGCGGGUGCAGAAGAUGAACCUGUUUGCGGAUCUGGUGGCUGAGGAGUUCAUUGAUCAGAUGGAAGAGCUGUUGUGCCCCGACCCCGAGAUUAUCUGCCCUGAUCUCCCCUGUAAAACAGAACUGGCGGUGGCACCGUGCAUGCAGCGGCCCGUAGACCUGGUCUUCAUGGUUGAUGGCUCCGAGAGGAUGGGCAGCACCAACUUCCGGCAUGUGCAGGAGUUCAUCCAGAAGGUGGCCACAACCCUGCCCCUGUCCAAGAGCAGCAGUGAUGCCAUGCGGGCCCGCAUUGCCGUGCUGCAGUACGGCAGCGAGGACGAACAGCAGCUAGUCUUUGGGCUGAGCCACAACCUCACCACCAUCCUCGACUCGCUGGCCGGCAUGACCUACCUGGACUCCUCCUCCAACGUGGGCUCCGCCAUCAUCUACGGCAUCCGCAAUCUGGUCCAGAGGCCGGGAUCCACGCCCCAGGCGGCGCGCCGGGGGGCUGAGCUCUCCUUCGUCUUCAUCACCGACGGCACCAGUGGCAGCAAGAGCCUUGGCGAGGCGGUGGACUCCAUGCGCAAGCAUGACGUCGUGCCCACAGUCAUCGCUGUGGGGCCCGAGGUGGACAUGGAUGUCCUCCUGCAGAUAGGCUUAGGCGAGAGGGCGGCCAUCUAUCGAGCUGCAGACUAUUCCCAGAUCCUGCAGCCCAGCUUCUUCGACAGAUUGUACAAGUGGAUCUGUUAAAGACUUCAAAGCCAACUUCCUUCUACCCCCUCCCCCCCAACCCUGAGAAAAUCAUGUAAAAUCCACCCUUUCCUGUUUUGUUUUAGUUUUAUGUUAUUCAGGAAAAGGUAAACCAAGGUGCUUUGUUUUUUGUAAUAUAUAUAUCGAAUUAUUUUUUAUCAUCGUUCUUUCUAUUUUCCCCAUUUUUGUGUGUGUGCGUAUGUAUGUGUGUGUGCAUUUUGAGCUUAUUAGGCCUUAAGAGGAAACCUCUGCUCCGGUUGCCAACUCUGGUCCUUUGUCAGACUGACCCGCUGAUCCCCUGCCCAACUUAGCCAACAGGCUGAUCGAUAUAUCUUUCAUCACGCUGCCUGAUGGACUCAUACUUGAUUAAAACCGGACAAGAUUGUGGCUGAUCUGAUGCUGCUCAGCCCCACUUUCCUGCACUUCCCCCAGAGCCCUCGAUUCCCUCACUUGAAUGAUGCAAGUAUACACUGGGAUAGUGGCAGUGUAGAGGUCAGUGGAAGGCAAGAAUUCCAGGAGCGUGUUCAGGGAAAUUUUCUACAGCAUUGUGUUUCCAGUCCACAGUAAAAAAGGACCCUCUUCCUGGAGUGAGGAAUAUGUUUCCAGUUUUGUUUUGUCCCGUGUCGAUGGAUUUUAAACAUCUAGAGUUCUUGGCGACUCCAUCAAUAAUCCCCUAGAGAGUUGGCAACCCUCCAGCUAGCCAGACAGACAUUUCCCUUUGCUCGGACAGCCAACGCUGUUUUGGCUGUUUAUUUUCUUUUCCUGUUUCGUAAAUGUUUCGAAGUGUGCACCAGUCAGAUUUUUUACCCCACAGAGCUUGAAUUGUCCUACAGGGUCUGAGAGGUGUCACUGUCACUUGCACCCUCCCUCCCUCCCAAGGAGAGAAAGGAUUUGCUUGUGAAUAGCUGAAUGCUGUGCAUACCAUAGAGGCCUCAGCAGCGUGAUCUGGGAUCUACCAGAUCGGCCCAGCCUGACUGGAGUCCUCAGCACUGAGUGCUGUAAACAGUGUUGACCGAACAGCGAUAACCAGAAGCCCGUCAAAACGUAACAUUUGCUCCCUGUAAAUGGCUGCAUUGCGUUGCGUGCAGACACCAAUUUGGUUUACCACCUGGGUACACGGUGAACGUGAGACAUUGCACUGCAUUAGGCUGUUAGGGAAGAGCGACAAAUUCUGGCUGAACCUAACCAAGCCAACAAUGUGGACAAAAUUUUCCCAGCUGACAUUUAACCCCGUGAAGCCCCUCUGCUGUGGGUUAUGGUUGGUGCUGGCUGCUGUUUUAAUAAAGCUGGUCACUUCACGUGCAAUCAUGUACGGUUUAUUUAUGAUUUGCAAUGUCUUUGUGGUAGAGAACUGUAUCAGGUUUUACCACAUUUCACCGACGAUGGGGCUCUGAGAUUGAAUAGCGCAUGUAGUCAGUUAUUGGGGUGGGAGUUGUCUGAGUGAAACGAGGAAGAGAGUGAGAUGGCAACAGCUGAACUUGAUCUGAAUCUCCAAGGCCAUGUUUUCAAAGGCAUGGCAAGUGUGGGAAGUCCAAGUAAAGUCCACUUUCCUUUGCUGCGGGGCAUUUUGUUUGGUGAGGGGUGGUGGGUGUGGGUAGGGCGUCUUUGACAGGGGCCUCUUCUUGCCAGCAAGGUGGUGCAAUUACAGUGGGUAGCGAGAAGUUGGAAUCCACCCGAAGCUUAAACCCUUUCAAAAAUUAGAGAAAAAAAAAACAAAUUGCAAACAAAUAUCUCCCUUGCCAAAGAAGGAAAACCAACUUGUCCCUGUUUUGAGAUCUCCAGGGCGUGCCGGAACGGAAAAGGCACGACAAGCCAGUCACCAUCUGAAAGAGAUGUGCGGAGUCCCGGCUACGACUAGCCCCAGAUCCGCGGCGGUCAUUCCCACUAAAGAGUUUGUGCCUAAAUUGAUGUCCAUCUCAGAUGCCAGCAGACCUUCUGUGGGGGACUUGCUGGCGUCUUUUGUCAUCUUGUCUUUCUUGUAGCAUUCACCAGUUCAGUCUGUGUGCCCAGUGACUUUGUGUUCACCUCUCCCUGCCACCUGGUAUUAACCGAGGAUAAAUCAGGCCCCACACCGGCACCUCAGCGCACUCCCUCAGAAUGAGACUCACCCAGAGGGUGAAACCAGUUUUAAAAAAAAGAACUUGCAAGUUAAUACACUGCUCCUCUCUCUUGGAAGAUAAUGGACGAGGCCAGUCCAUUCACCACUUUUUAAUGUUUUUACCUUUCGGACAUCUUCGGUGGCCCAAGACACCAAGGCUGUGUUCCUGUUGUAACUGCGUAUUGCAAACCACAAAGCUUUGUAAUAUAUAUUUCUAAUGAACAUUGCAAUAAAGUAGUCUACGUUGUUUGUAACAAAAAUGUCUUUUUCAUGCGGCUCGCUGCGUCCAAAUUUGACUUGUCUGUACUGAAUACAAGAUCAAUAAAUGGAUUUUCGAAAAAAAA